AAAUCAAUACACCUUUCUGGGCUCAGACACCUCUCGAUUCCCAAUCCUUUGUGCUGUUUUUUUCAGGCACUCCAAGGGAUUUUCAGGCAUUACCCGGGAUUGACAGCUGUCAGUCCUCUCAUCGCUCUCCGGGUGUCAAUUCACCAGAGGAUUUUUAACCAGAUAUUGGAGGUAAUUGGGACGGGAGUGCGGAGAACUGGAGGUGUCCGUGCACAUUCAACCAACCCCAGACCCUUUGUUCAGAUGUCCAGACAUUUUUUUGACAUCACCGGCAUGGCGUCGAGCUCAGUCAGUCAAGAGGAUUUUGACAAUGAUUUUGAGUUCACGACGAGGAGGGCGAGGAUUAGGACGGCCAGGACGAGAGUUGGGCCCCAGAGGGCUGGGGACAUCACCACCAUCAAUUUUCAAAAAAAUCCCGCGGAUACUGAUGAUCCUCCCAUCUGCGAGUCCAGCUCCAAUAACGUGUUGCCUCUGGAACACGAUAAUCAACAGAACAAACCAAUAAUGAGAAAACCCGAGAAACGAGUGACUGGUCGACCAACACACAUUAACAAGGGGAAACAGCAGAGGGACCGCAGGAAACUCCGAGAGAAACGACGUAGCACUGGAGUGGUCCAUCUCCCGUCCACCGAGAGUACAGGAGGUAGUACUGGUGAAGAUGAGGAGGAACUCGGUGGAUGCCUCGAAACAAAGCACAAUACCCACCAUAAUGAGUUUCUAGACCAUGAGCUCAUGGAAGAGAGAAAUGCCAAGGUUUACACGCAGAGGAGGAAUAAAAGUCACUCGGACUUAGAGGCUGAUGACGAGGAAUUUGACUCCCUGAAUCAAUCAGACAGCAUCAAUCAGUCCGACGGUGCUCACCCACCCCUGGACACGGCCACGAGGCCACGGGUACCCACCCCCACAGGAGACAACACUCAAGAGCUGUUCGAACGCGCCCAGGAGGAGAAUCGAAGGCUCCUGGCCCUCCUGGAGGAUCAGGACCAUAAGAUAAUGGCCCUGGAGGCCCAACUGCUCCAGCAGCAACGAGAAAUGGCAAUCGAGCGCGAAAGGUUACGCGAGGAGAAUGCAGCCCUGAUCAGGGCCAUGGCAGCCCUCGCAAGUAAUUAAUCCAAGAGAAUGUCCUCAAAAAUCUAAUUAAUCUAUUAAAAUUUCGCUUAUCGAUGUUUGGUAUCUCGAGGUAACAGAGUUUAAUUCGUCAAAUUUAUUUUUUUAUCUAAAUAACGUAGGAUUAAUUGAAUUAUCAGUUUGACAUAUUAAAUUUUUAUUCAAUACAAAAAUAAUAAUUCUGUACUCUUUGAUUUGAGGAUUUAUCAUUAGAGACUGAUUCUGAAAGCAUUCACAGAUUGAGAUUAAUAUUUGGACCUAAUUGUCAGGAACGUUGAGAAAAAAAAAUAAUCUGAUGUAAAUACAUUGUGAACGUGGUGGAGGCAUUUGUUAGAGUUGAUUCAGAUUUUUAAAUUAGAUCGUAAGAUUAUGUUUACACUAUAAAAAUUCAGGACUAAAGGGACGAGGAAAAUAAUGUAGGAUGAGAGGUGAAUGCACAAUCAAUUGUUACGUUUCGAUUAAACCGAGUGAAUAAUUUUCAUCGAGGAUAAAUAAAAAAAUCCCCAAAUUAAUCACAAUACGAUUUUUUUUUUGAUUCAUUUAUCGUUUAUAAAAUCAUCGAAUUUUCGUACAAUACGAUUACAGAAAGUUUAUACAAUGUGCUUUUUAUUCCAAUCAAUCAGUAAAUCAAUUUUCUCUACAGAUAAAUAAAAUCGUUGGGACUCAUCCGACAAUGAUUGAGGGUUCGAUCGAUUAUAAUUUGAGAAAAUUAGAGCAACAGGUACUGACAAUUAUUAUUCAUUCCUUUUGACUUUGACCCACAAAAUUCUCCAUUCCCCAACGAUUCCGAUAAUUUCUCACCAAUUAUUUAUUAUUCUCAUCUGCUCCAAGAUAUGAUUCAAAUAUCAUUUUGAAUUAAAGAACUCCAAUUUCAACGAUUCGACGAGAUAAAUCAAUCCAAAUAAAGACAGAAUUUCAAUUCGGAGACGUGAGGGUCAAAUACCAAAAGCCCUUCUGAUACCGCAAAUCAUUUAUUUACACCCCUCCAUAGACGAUCAUUAAAAAAAGCAGUUGAAACUAGCGAGUGAUACAGCAAUAGAACAUCAAUGAAAACUCUCGUUGAAUGACGAGUUGAAAAGCGACUCCAGUCUGAUAUGUACUCAUUACCCCUCAACAACCCCCAAAUAUCCCCUAUCACUUAUUGUCGCAACUCUUAACAUAGGCCAUACCCCUACCACUACAUUAAUAACUAAUUACUCUCUGAAAACAAUACACCUAAAGUAAGUCUCGUGUUCGAAGAUACCACAAAAUAAUAAAAAAAAAAAAAAGAAAGAAAGAAAA